AUGGCGACAGAAGCGCUCCGCCCCAGAGGCAGGCCGGCCCAUACGCCCGGAACAACUGUGUUGACGUACACACCGGACGGUCGCCGGAUUGUCACUGGAGGUUCCAACUCGGCGAUCCGAGUCUAUACAGUCAGCGACGACGGCGAACCAAAGACGAUCGACGAUGGCGUUGAUGGCAACUUGGGCGUCGUUGCUACAAAUGACUCGUUUAUUAUGGGAGCAGAAGAUGGCACGGUCUGGAAGUAUGGGAUAGGAUCAGGGAAAAUGGAACAGCUGCUAGUACGUUGCGCGCUGCCCGUCCGAGAUCUAGCCAUUUCCAAGGACGGGGAGUGGGUGGCGGUUGCGAGCGAUGAGCUCACAGUCAAGAUCGUCAACAUCGAAGACAUGACGAAAGUCAAGUACCUCCGAGAGCAAGCCAAAGGCACGAAGCACGUUUCCUUCGAUCCAAACGGACGAUACAUAGCCGUCUCGUGUACUGACGGUCUUCUCUACAUUUAUUCGACUUUCUUGGAGGAGCCAGAAUUAGUACGGAAGUUGGACGGCGUCAUCCGACGACUUGAAGCGGAGGACGAGGCAACGGCAAAGAUCGCCUGGCACCCUGAUGGCACAGCAUUUGCAGCUGCCGAAGUGACCAGAGACAUCGGAAUCUAUACUGUAUCUGAAUGGAAGAAGGAAAAGGUCUUCUCGGGUGGUCACAACGGAGAUAUUACAUCGGUCAGCUGGUCACCAAAUGGGGCUCUUCUUGCCACAGCUGGUGCCGACGGCAAGAUUUUAAUCUGGGAAACCAAAACGCAGCAAGUGCUGCACCGUUACGACUUCGCCAACGUUAUCAAUCUUGCUUGGCAUCCUACCAAUAAUUCACUCUCGUUUACAACAUCGGAUGGUGAGCUUUUCAUCUACGAUGGGUUUGUGCCAAAGGAACAUCAGCAUCAUAUCCAGAAGCCUCUCCAGGCCGCGCCUAUCUUUCCUGGCGUGUUGGCGGAGGUGUCUGGAAAUGCGGGUCGAUCAUUGACGAACAGACCAAAACAGUCAAUAGAGCGGCCUGGAAGAGGAGGAACGCCCGAUUCUCUCGAUGAUCUUCUUGGUUCUGAUCAGGGCAUGGAUGACUUUGUCGAGGAUGAUGAUGGGGCUGGUUAUGCAGAGGGCGUCAACCUCUACGGCAAACGAACAAAUGGACAUCUCGAUGAUAUUGCCGGCCCUGCUGAGAAACGAUUGUUGACCAGCUAUACAAAGCCCAAGGUCCACCCUCCUCUUCAGCCAGGGAGCACACCUUGGAGAGGAAAUCGACGGUAUCUCUGUUUGAACCUGACCGGCUGUGUGUGGACAGUUGAUCAGGAGACUCAUAAUACGGUGACCGUGGAAUUCUAUGACCGAGAACUACACCGUGACUUUCACUUCACCGACCCCUAUCUCUAUGACCGCGCAUGUCUCAACGAGAACGGAACUUUGUUUUCGAAUAACCCGACCGAUGGCAGUCCCGCUACUAUAUUCUACCGCCCUCAUGAGACCUGGACAACGCGUGCGGAUUGGCGAACACAGUUACCUCAAGGAGAGUUGAUCAGAGCGCUGGCGCUAAGUGAUUCAUAUAUUGUAGCUGUGACAACCAAGGACUACGUUCGUGUGUAUACCCUGUUCGGGACACCGUAUAAGGUGUACAGACAGAAAAGCCCAGCUGUAACGUGCGCUGCAUGGCGCGAUUAUGUGAUGACGAUUGGCAACGGACCCCUGGGGAGCGAUGGACUCACAGCGACCCUCACAUACUCUAUUGAGAAUGUCAAGAGGGAUGAAGUAUGUCAAAAUGAGGACGUGGUUGCUCUUCCAGAGGGCUCAGAAUUACGCAGCGUCUUCUUUUCUGAUACAGGGGAUCCUUGCAUCUACGAUUCCGAAGGUGUCCUCCUCAUCUUGCAGCACUGGCGUACUCAUGGCCAGGCUCGCUGGGUUCCGUUACUCGAUACGAAACAGCUUGACAGAUUGGCAGGCGGGCGAAAAGAGGAAACUUACUGGCCUGUGGCAGUCGCACAAGAGAAAUUUCACUGCAUUAUCUUGAAAGGAGGAGAUAGAUAUCCUUACUUUCCUCGCCCACUGCUCAGUGAGUUCGACUUCAGGAUCCCGAUAUCCGACAGGCCGCAAAAAGCAUCCGACGACGAGGGCGAUGAAUCUCGCAACGACGCUUCAGCACGGUUUGAGGAGUCUUUUGUCCGGGGCAACGUUCUCCUCUCCCUGUUCCAGGAUCUCCUGUCCUCCACCAACGCGACGCCUAGUCAACGGGUCGAGCUGGCCAGGAAAGAGAUCGAACUGGAUAAGAUCCUUCUGCAGAUGCUCGCAGUUGAGUGCCGAGAAGGCGAGGAGCGAGGCAUGAAGGCCUUGGAGUUAGUUCGUAUGAUGAAGGAUCGCAAUGGAAAGAUGAUUGAAGCCGCAGCGAAGAUUGCGGAACGAUAUGGGCGAGGCGUGCUGGAAGACAAGAUCCGGGAUCUGGCCGAACGGCGAUACAUGGAGACAGGCGACGAUGAUGAACUGGCGGCUUAA